AGACCCGGCGGUGGAGCUUGCGCUAGGAGUGCCAGCUCUGGGCAUUUGACAUGGCGGCGGCGGCAGCGGCAACGGCGACUGCAGCGACCAAGGGGGAUGGGGGUCGCGGGGGCCGGACCCGGGCCAGCGAAACCAGCGGCAUGCGGAAGAAGAGGGGCACGGGGCCUUUGGCCACGGCGUACUUGGUCAUCUACAAUGUGGUGAUGACGGCGGGGUGGCUUGUUAUAGCAGUUGGUUUGGUCAGAGCAUACUUGGCUAAGGGUAGCUAUCAUAGCCUUUAUUAUGCCAUUGAAAAGCCUUUGAAAUUCUUCCAAACUGGAGCCUUAUUGGAGAUUUUACAUUGUGCAAUAGGAAUUGUUCCAUCUUCUGUUGUCCUUACUUCUUUCCAAGUGAUGUCAAGAGUUUUUCUAAUCUGGGCAGUAACACAUAGUGUCAAAGAGGUACAGAGUGAAGACAGUGUCCUUCUGUUUGUUAUUGCCUGGACAAUCACAGAAAUUAUCCGUUACUCCUUUUACACCUUCAGUCUAUUAAACCAUCUGCCUUACCUCAUCAAAUGGGCCAGGUACACACUUUUCAUUGUGCUAUACCCAAUGGGAAUUUCAGGAGAACUGCUCACAAUAUAUGCUGCCUUGCCUUUUGUCAGACAGGCUGGCCUGUACUCCAUCAGUUUACCUAACAAAUACAAUUUCUCCUUUGACUAUUACGCGUUCCUAAUUCUGAUAAUGAUCUCCUACAUUCCAAUUUUCCCCCAGUUAUACUUCCACAUGAUACACCAGAGAAGAAAGGUCCUUUCUCAUACUGAAGAGCACAAGAAAUCUGAAUAGUUCCUGUUUCCUGUACCCUCCAAAACACAAACUUUUCAACGACAGAAAAUGCUGCAGACUUUUUGAGUUCCCAAUACGUUUCAUAGAAAAUAAGUAAGAACUAUUUUUAAAAUACUAAACAAAACAAAAUCCAAAAUCCAGUGUCACAUAGGCCUGGGAUUUUAUAAAAUAAAACACAAAAAAGCUGUUACAUAAAACGUCCUGGCCAGUCCAUUCAGCAUGCUUUUUCAACCAGAAGUUCCCAAUAUUUAAGGUGGCGCUAGACAGGGAUUUGGCAUUUUCUACCCUCCUGUUUCCUUCACCUAUCUGAUAGACAAAGGUCUGUAACACUGGAUGCCUGAGAGUUGCAGUGAGUAGUGAGGUGGCACCAGCCGAAUGCCCGGCUUGCGGUAGAGCUCUGUUCGUCUGCAGCGUGGUCAGCAUCCCCUUUUCAAAGUGCUCCACUGCAUGCUGGAAGCUGUUUGUGUUUUUGCAGCGGCAAACUUUGUUUUCUGAAUGCUCUGAAGUUAUGGCUAGGACCUCUCCCCUCGUGUCUAGUGAAUGAAGUAUACAGUUUGUAUGUCUGAAGCUUUGGGGUAGUACCUGUAAUCAGAAAACAGCUAGAACCCUUUUGUUUGUUUUCAAUUGAGUCAUUACUGCCUGCCACUAAGAAAUGUGCUUGAAUUUAAUAAGUAUGUGUACCUUGUAGAGAAUCUACUUUACUUGGGGCCCAGCCUCACUCAUAUUUUAACAAAACUACAGUUCCCAGAAAGGAAACGUUUCAUUGCUAGUAAAUGACAAGUACCUUCCCAGUACCAUUCUCAGAACCCCCCUGAGUAAUACAUUUCAAAUAGCCGUUCUCAUUUCUGGACCUGAAACCAGUCUAGUCACAGGAGUGGAGGAUCUGUUCAUGAAACACCUGGAAGGUGUUACUCUAGAAAUGUAGUCCGGAAGAACAUUCAGGAAGAGGUUCCUAUACUCUUGUUAAUUUAUUUUUAAUUUUCAUGAAACGUUUCUGUUUGGAUACUUCUCCUAAUUGUGGCCCUCUGUAAUUCCCACCAAGUUGAAUGUCCAGAGGCAGUGGAAUGUUCAUUGGGCAGUCAGGAGCUGAUGACAGCAGUGCUGUCCCACAUGCUGGAGCAGCCAAGAAAUCCUUUGGUCAUAUGGACAUUGUCUGAUUAAUGUCAUGUCUUUGUACUGUUUAAUUGCUCAACUGCGCAUUUAAGACUUCUCAAGAAAGGGCUGGAGGGAAAUGUAAAGCCCAAGUUCAGGCGUGAAUUAGAUUUUAAACAUGAGAUGUUCUUUGUGUGGAGCCGUUUUUCCCUUUUUUUAAAAAUUGGUUGAUCUUUAAAACUUUAAAAGUCUAGUUUACAGAGUCAUUAUCAUUUAAAAUAUAAUUGCUAAUGUCAGAAGAGUGUCAUAAUGGAAAACUAAUUUUUUAAAUGCUUAUUUUCAUAGAGGCUUGAAAGUUAAUAUAAGAAAGAGAAGAAAAUAUAGAGCUUAAAAUGUAAUGCAGUCAGAAGUGUAAGUUAUUUUUGAAUUGAACAUUAAAAUUCUGCUUCUUAAAGUCAGCGCUCUUAACUUGGGCAUGUUGAGAUUAGAAUCUAUUCUUGUACUUGAUGAACAAAAUAUGUGGGAAAGAUUAUAUUUCAUGCUUUUUCUCUUCAUUUUUCUGAAAUGUAUUUCAAUUUGGGUUAUAUUAGCCUUAUUACUUCAUUUGGGUAGGAUUUUUUCAGUUGUGGGGAUGGUUAGAUGAUGGGAUGGAAAAUGCAGGUUUUUCAGGGUUGAAUAUAAUUAUUCAGGCCUCUAUUAUAAUUUGUCACAAUUUAUGAAAGCAGCGUGUUGCAGACAGUGGUAUUGCAUCAAAUUGCAACAAGAACACAGCACACAACUCUCUUCUCAAAAAGGGUCUCAACCCCAGUGUUUAGUUUUGUACAUCAGACAUUUAAAAUGCUCAGACAGAUAAGUAAGACAUGCUGUGUGUCCUUCAGUCACCUCUCUCAGUAACUGGUUUCUUUAGCUACAACAUAAAUUAAUUUUUCCUUCUAAGUGGUGGCAUUCUUUUAUGAAUCAAGACCAUCUAACUCCACCGAACAUCCCAUCUUCAUAUAAAGUGCAAGUGAGGAAGGUGGUGUUCAGUAGGUGUUUUUUCAGAUGUACAGUGUUCAUUUCAGGGCCCAGUCAAAGGCAUUGUCUGCCCAGCUGCCCCCAAUGGGAUGUUUCGGGACCACCUCCUGGCAGAGAUUCUGUGAGGUACGCAAGUAUUUCUUUGUAGGCACGAGCUGCCGAUUUGCAUCUUGCUGUGUGCUGUUGGCUAAGAUUGGGAUUGUUCAUUUAACAUGCACUGCCCGUGAUGAGAGGCGCCGUGAGAGCUAGCCAUGGAAUACAGCACCAUCCUCCCAGAUGGGAAAAUUCCCCUGGCGCCAGCUUCCUGCGGAAGACACCGCGCUACAGAGGCCUGUGAAGAGACUAUGCCCUCGCUUCCACUUGCGCUUUUGGUUAUUUGUGUGUAAUAAAAGGUUGGCAUUAAUGUGGUGCAACCUAUGAGUUAUUUUCAAUUCCGAGUUUCAGAUAAAACAUAAAACAUCAAAAUCAGUACAUACUGCUCCUUUGAAAUUUGGGUAAAAAUUUAUAUGACCAUAUAUAGUCAUUUUUGUAUUUUUUCUAUGUUGUGAAAACCAAAAUUGUAAUUUUAUAAGUCUUUGACUCACUAAAAUUCUAUAAUUUAAAUGUAUUUUUUGUAUAUUUAGAAAUAAGGCAUUCAAAAACUACGCUUAACUUUCUACGCAUGCGUUUGGAAGCUGUUUUUACCUGAUAAUGCCAAUGUAGUAAUAAGUUGUAUUCAUAAAAUAUUGAUCUGUGUUGCAUUCAGAAUAAACUGGUGUGUGCUCUGCCUGGAUCUGAAA